CGCGAAUGACGAUAACAGAUUGCCGCGACGCCAAAGAUUCCUUCCGUCGCUUGAGUUGUAGCCAGAAGAGUGGGAUCCCGAGUGUCUUAGCGCCGAGUGCCAAGAAUAUUAGUUCUAAAACAACGACGAGCAGCGGUCUCGGUUACCAUACUUCUGACCAGAACUACUAUGAUCCAUCGUCUCAGAGCCAGAGUAGAACAG